UUUUUUUUCGUAUUACAAAGAGAUUCAUGAAAAUUGUAGCCUAGCUAUUAUUAUUUAUUUUAUUUUAUUUAAAAAAAAAAAAAAAACAGACCGGAAGUGUUCCUUUUACUGCUGUUGACGGAACACAAGGCGUGAGAGCGCAGAACCACACAGACAGACCACACACACACACACGGGAAAGGGCUGAUCAUCGGAUUCUCCUCUCUGUCAAACAGGAUAUCUCUGUAAGGAUGGAAAUGGAUAUCAGUGGAGUGCCAAGGGCACACGUCUCCAUACUUCCUGCAGCGGAAAUCAAAGCCACGUUGAAACCAGAACCAGAGAGACCUCGCUGUGCCAGCACCCCGUGUUCACCCAUCAGAGGUACCGUAGCGGGAUACCAGAUCCUCCACAUGGACUCCAACUAUCUGGUGGGCUUCACCACCGGCGAGGAGCUGCUCAAGCUGGCCCACAAGUGGUCAGAAGGCCCUCCGGAGAAGGGUUCUGUAUCUGAAGCCGUGUCCAGCUCCAUCCAGAGUGCCGUCCCGAAGUCCGUGGACUUGGGCGUCCACCGGUCUUCACGGAUCUGCAAAGGCAAAAGUCGCUACUACCAACCGUAUGACAUUCCCGCCGCCAACGGGCGGAGACGGCGGCGUAUGCCCAGCUCUAGUGACACCUUCCUCAGGUCCCUGGCCCACGGAGAGCCUGGGAGGGGUCUGCAUGCUCCACUCCCCCUCUGUCUGCUCAAAGGGAAGAGGGCCCAUUCCAAGUCUCUGGACUACCUUAAUCUGGACAAAAUAAGUAUCAAAGAGUCGUCAGACACUGAGGUGUUACAGUACCAACUGCAGCACCUCACCCUGCGAGGGGAGCGCAUGUUUACCAGAAACAAGACAUGAAAGCGGAAGGCCCCUUUUUAGGCCUCUUUCACCCUUUUGGGGAUUUAGGUGCUAUUUCCAGUUUGAUUUCUUCUACUCAGAUUACAAACUGCUCUUUAAGAAGACAGUCUGAUAAUCUCGUUAUAUUAUUAACCGGGGAGGGGGGUGACGGGUUUUACCUUGUACUGUACACAUAACGUUGUGAAGAAAAAUCCUUAAAUCACUCCUCACAUUGUGCUGAGGUUGUUGAGGUUAAAAAAUGUGAAUUAUAUAAACUUAGCAAUAACUGGUGAACCUAUUUAUUGACGGUGUUAUGUGUUUGUACCGGUCAGAGACACGCUGAUAUGAUGGAAGCACAUAUCCCAUACUGUAUCGGCUUAAAAAUUGCACCAUUGAUAUCGGUCCAAUAAUAGUUUUACUGCUUAUCUGUGAGGAGUUGUGUUAGUGGAAGUUCUGUGAUCUUUUUGUGUUUGUGUUUCACAUUAUGGCACUGCAUACAACUGUCAAAUUAGCAAAAUAAUACUUUCAUUAUGUUGCUAAUUUAUUGAUUUAUUGUUAGUUUUUAAACCUCUUAACAGAAGAUGGGCAUGUGUAAAAAGAAAACAACGUAGUGAUACUCGCGGAUCAGUUUAAGGGUUGGUAAAGAUCUGUUUAUUAAAGUCUGGCUUAGUACAAUACUCACAUGCCAUAUGUACAUUUAAAGAGCUAUUGGUCAUUUGUAAUAAUUCCCUCUGUCCAUACUUAAAGUGAUCCCUUCCUUUUUUUAAUGUAUUUAAGUAUUUUUUCCAGGCAUGACAUGAAACAAACAUCCCCCAUCCCCCAGACAUCCGGGGACUUUUCAAUUACAUUAGGCUCGUUCGAGAUAAACCAGGCCUGCGCAGGAUCGAUCACCGGCGAUCGCCAUGCAAUGCAUGCCGGUUAGAUUUGUUAUAAAAACAUAAUUUAAAGCGGUAAGCACCCACAGCCAGCUGUCCUUCCUGCAUUUGUCAGUUUAAACUGGGUUUAUUUUUAGCCUGAAUUAUGACUUAAACCUAAUAAUACGAUCUGUGCAUCUCUUAUUUGGAACAUAACCUGCUCCGGAGCAGGUUAGGUGUUCAGUAUAAGUUACCAUGGCGAUCUACCCCGGUAAGAAGUGAACCACCGUUGUACAGGACGGAAAACCCUGAAGGGUUAACCCUGAAGUUACCUCGUUAACCCAAAUCCUGCUUUCAGUGUACAUAUGAUGCCAUGUGUGUAUUGUAUUAAGAUUUGACCUGACUGAUUUUGUUUGAAAGGUGGCUGCUGUAGCUGGAUCCUCGACAGAGAACGGCAACUUCCGUCAUUGUUUGGUAACCAGUUGACGCGGCGGGAGUUAAGAAAACAUCUGUGGAAACUUGUUAAACUCCUCCCGAAGUGUCAUCCACUACAGAUAGAGAGCGAGAGAGUUCCUAUGCACAACCCAGACAGACAUAUAUACAUGUAUGAGUGGAGUAUCACUUUCAUAUCUGCUUAUAGGUUAUUGUUGGCAAAUAUGGUUGGGAAUAUGUUGCCUUUAGGAAACCAUAUUGGUGCAUCUCUAGCUUUGUACAUUGGUUUUUGUGCGCACAACAGUAUUUUUGAAGUGCGUCUUUUUGAUGAGUGUGUGUGUUCCCCUUACAGCUGGUGAUGGCAGAAAAAUGGUUUUCUGCAAACUGAUUGCACUGUUGCAUAUCUUUGACAGACUAUCUCUGGAAACGUCUCGAUAUUGUUACCGCUAUAGGCAUCAACGAGGCGUUCACAGUAAACACCGCAAUAUUGUACAUAAGCAAGCCAUGUGAUACACUUAACAGUUCUGUGGAAACAUCUGUACACCCUUUGAGUUUUUUUUGCACAACUUAUUGUGCUGCUUUGAAAGGAAAUCUUGAUGUGUGUUUUCUAUUACACUAAACAUUUAUUUAAUUGACGUGUAACAUAUGAAGCCUCUGUGCCGGAUUUAUGUGAUAAUGGCAUCUUUCAAAUUGUUCUGUUGUAGAAAAUGAACUAAUCUGAGUAAAA